AACUGCUUUUUUUUUUCUAGUGGACACUGAUGCAUGUGUUUGUUGAGUUGUGUGUUUGGAGUACUCGAUUUGCAACCACAACACUUUUUUUUUUGUUUUCUAGUAGAUACCAGUUUUGAAAACUUUUCUACUCUUUUUUCUUCUUCUUCGUGAGGGUUACUUGUGAAUUUGGUUGGAUCAAACCUCGUCUGGCAAGUAUUUGCAUUUGUGUAUUCUUUUGAUGUUGAUCGAAUCGAAUGUGCUUAUGCUAAUAGUUGUUACUUAUUCGAAUUAGCUUAUGAUGAGAGUUUGUUUCUCUGUCGAAUAGUUAUGAGACUAAGGGAAGUUUUAUCCUCAUCUAAGAUGGAUUGUCUGAUCACGCUUUUGCAUGUAUGGACAAACAGCACACCUUUCACAUGGUUGCUGGAUUCAUGGAACAUUUUGCCUCCUGAAUCCAUCUCUCCGUGAACUCUGAAUUGGUAUGUUUUCUUUUCCUUUUAUGUAGUGUCUCUUUAUGGUUUGAAUAGUUUCAUUUUCUGUCUGUUUUGUUUCGCAUUUUCUUAAAUUGUAAAAAUAAAGUUGGUGAAAACUAGUUUCGUUUGUUUCUCUUUGGAUCUGUACUAACGUUAUUUGUUUUCUAUCUCUGAGAGGACCUCUGUCUCAACGGAGCAAAUAUAGGACUUUGAAGAGUCUGUGCACUGGAGUCCAAAGCUGAGAAGAUCCGCACUCUGGUUUGGAAGGCUAAGCUUAUAACUUGUAAUCACUUACCUAAUCUGAAAACAAUUUAUUAGAUCUCACUUAUCUAUAAAUGUUUUUAGUUUGCAUGUUGCAAUGUUUAAGCAUGUGUGUUUUGUGCAGAGGUAAAUCUUGCUGUUCCUAAGCAAUGUACUACUCAUGUGACUGAAUUCAUACCUCAGUUCAUAGCGUUCCUACAUUUUGAGCUAUCCAUGUUUAACACAUUUGAGACUUUUCUUUUUUAUUCUUGAAGAUAUUGUGUCCACUAUGUGAAAACUAGAAUAACAGGAAAGAAUAUGCGCUGGUUUCCAUCGAUAGGCAACUAAGUUGGGACCAUUUCGGAAAGAGAAGAACAGUAUAUGAUGCCUAAAGUAGCAUCUUUGGACUCAUACACUAAAAGAAAGUUCUCUCUUUAUGCUCUUUGCACUUUGGUAGACAGCACAUUGUUCAAAAAUCUUAUCAUGUUUUCCCUCUCUUGAAAAUAUGCUUAGCUUCUUGUUUUGUUCUGAGAAUCUCUCUUGUCUGUGCAGGUUUUCACGUUGAGCUAUCCACGUUUAAUGCAUUUGGAGGUUUUGAUUCGUGAAGUUGAGUGGGCAUACUGUGUCAAAUAUGUGAAACGUAGAAUAACGGAAAAGUAUAGUAUAUGGGUUGUUUCCAGAAACGUGUAGUAAAGUGGGGACCAUUUCAGGAGGAGGCUUUUAGAUAUUUUGAUAUAAAUUUAGCAUCUUUGGACUCGUGCACUUGCAAAUCUCUUCUUUUCAUAUGCUUAAACUAUUCAAAAAUCUUAUAUUCAUCAUAUCUUUUGCUUUCUUCCUUUCUCUGAUAUCUGCUCAGCUUCUUGUUGUCGUGAGCAGUGAGUCUCUCUCUAUUGUGCAGCCAUGGGAGGAUGUCUCUCUGUCUCGAUGUCAUGUGACCAAAUGGUGAAUCAAGUCUCCAAAUGGUUAUGCCUCAAGGGAAGUUAUAUUCACAACCUCGCUGAGAAUCUAGUGUCUCUCGAGAAAGCCAUGGGAGUGCUCAAGGCGAAGCGAGAUGAUGUCCAAGGAAGGGUACACAGAGAAGAGUUCACUGCGCAUCGUCAAAGGCUUGCUCAAGUCCAGGUAUGGCUUACGAGUAUCCUGGACAUCGAAAACCAAUAUAAAGACCUUCUUAGUACUAGUAAGAUCGAGCUUGAAAGGUUGUGUAUGUGUGGAUUUUGCUCUAGAAAUUUGAAACUAAGCUAUCGCUAUGGGAAAAGGGUUAUCUUAGUAUUGAGGGAAGUUGAGAGUCUUACCUCUCAAGGAGAAUUUGAUGCGGUGACUGAGGCAACUCCUAUACCUGAGGUUGAAGAGUUGCCUACUCAUCCCACAAUUGUUGGUCAGGAAACAACGCUCGGAAGAGUGUGGAACCGUCUGACGAAAGACACAGUAGGGAUUGUGGGUCUGCACGGGAUGGGUGGUGUAGGCAAAACCACCCUUCUCACGCAGAUCAACAACAAGUUUUCCAAAACAGGCGAAGGGUUUGAUAUGGUGAUAUGGGUUGAAGUCUCUAGAAAUGCUUCAGUCCGUAAGAUUCAAGAGAGCAUUGCUGAAAAACUAGGCCUUGUGGGGAAAGAGUGGGAUGAGAAAAACGAAAAAGAGAGAGCUCUUGACAUCCACAACGUUCUCAGGAGGAAGAAGUUUGUGCUGUUGUUGGAUGAUAUAUGGGAGAAAGUAAACUUAUAUGCGGUUGGAGUCCCGUAUCCGAGCACGGAAAACGGAUGCAAAGUAGUAUUCACCACCCGGUCUCAUGACGUAUGUGGGCGUAUGGGAGUUACCUACCCAAUCGAAGUCACUUGUCUGGACCCGGACAAAGCCUGGGACUUGUUCAAAAAGAAAGUCGGAGAAAACCCACUGGAAAGCCACACAGACAUUCCCAAACUCGCAAGAAAAGUCGCUGACAGAUGCCGUGGCCUACCAUUAGCACUCAAUGUCAUAGGCGAAACUAUGGCUUGCAAGAACACAGUACAAGAGUGGCAUCUAGCACUUGACGAUUUGAAUUCAUCUGCUCAAGAGUUCUCAGGCAUGGAAGAUGAAAUUCUUCCCAUUUUGAAGUAUAGCUAUGAUAAUUUAAAGGGUGAGCAAGCGAAAUCAUGUUUCCUCUAUUGCUGUCUGUUACAUCGUCGUUUUGAAAAAGAGACAUUGAUAGAGUACUGGAUAUGUGAAGGAUUCAUAAAUGAAAAUGAAGGUAGAGAGAGGGCGUUAAAACUGGGUUAUGCGAUACUCGGGACUCUUGUCCGUGCAAGUUUGUUGGAAGAAGACAAGUAUGCACCAUAUUUGAGAAUUCAUGAUGUAGUACGGGAUAUGGGAGUAUGGAUAGCAUCUGAUCUAGGGAAGCAUAAAGAAAGAUGUAUUGUGCAAGCUGACAUUGGGUUACUUGAGAUGCCUAAAGUAAAGAACUGGAAAGAUGUGAGAAAGAUGUCGUUGAUGGGUACUAGUAUUGAAAAGAUAUCAGAGAGCCCCGACUGUCCUGAACUCACAACUCUCCUCCUAGAGUGGAACGCACGCUUAACAACAAUCUCUGGUGAUUUUUUUUGGUCUAUGCCUAGGCUACUCCUUUUGGAUUUAUCAUGGUGUCCCUAUUUAAAUGGAUUGCCAGAGCAGAUAUCAAGAUUGUCUUCUCUGCGAUGUCUUGACUUGGCACGGACGGAGAUAAAUAGACUACCUGAUGGUUUCCAAGAGUUGAAAAUGCUAAUACAUCUGAAUUUGGAGCACACCAAGGUUGUGAGUUGUGAUGGGAUAUCGAAUUUGUCGAGAUUGAGAACAUUGAAACUACUAGGAUCCGAAGUGUGGCUAGAUAUGAGACUAAUGAAGGAGCUGCAGCUCUUAGAGCAUCUGGAGUAUGUAAGCAUAAAUAUAUUUUCUAGUUUGGUUGGGAAGCUAUUGUUAUAUGAUCCCAGAGUAGGGAGUUGUAUUCAACAGAUUAAUACUGUGGACCGUCCAGAAGAAGAAUCAGUGCAAGUAUUCGUUUUGCCAGCUUCGGAUACUCUCCGGCGCAUCUAUAUAUGGAAUUGUGGAGGGAGGGAAAUAGAGGUAGUAGAGAAGACACCACUGAACAAAAGUCCUACAAGUCCUCUGUGCUUCUCAAAUCUCUCUCAUGUGCAGAUAGGAGAGUGUGAUGGUCUCAAAGAUUUGACGUGGCUGCUGUUCGCGCCAAACCUUACUUCCCUUUAUGUGUUACAGUCAAAACAACUAGAGGAGAUAAUAAGCAAAGACAAAGCUGCGACGGGAGGUAUGAAUAUUCCUUUUCAGAAACUUGAGAGGCUUGAGUUGAUCAACUUACCGAGGUUGAAGAGAAUCUACUGGAGUCCUCUGAUCUUCCCUUGUUUGAAGAAGAUUGAAGUAGAAAAAUGUCCAAAGCUGAGGAAGCUUCCACUCAGUUUUGAAAGUCGUGUUGGUGGUGAAGACCUUCUUAUAAAAUAUAGAGAUGAUCAGUGGUUUAAAAGGGUUCGAUGGGAAGAUAAAGCUCCUGACCUCGCACUCAGACAGCAACAGGUCGUGAAGCAAAGCCAGUUUCCUGCAGUCGCUACUGUUUGUGUUUACUAUCCUUCUGAGUUGUCUUUUUGUUUGGACUACAGUGUGUUAAUGGUGUGCUUAGUCUGUGGUUGAAUAUGGGAAGACAGACUCCUUUUUCUUCUAUCACUUGGUUUUGUAUAAGCAAGUUUCAAAAUUUCUAUAUAUUUUCUCUAUUACUUGUAUUAUCUUGUUAUGGUUAUGGUGUGUCUUUGGAUUGUAUUUGUAUGCCCGUUCAGUUCCCUUUCU